AUGGAGCAGUUUCGUGAAGCGCCUCAAGUUAUCAAUUCAUUCUUGAAUUAUUUGAUCGCGCAUGAAGUAUGUCCAGAGUACAUGGAAGAUAUGGAACGAGCUUUGAAAAUUAUCGAACGUGCGAAAGAAGAACUUCCAAAAUGUAAAUCAUUAGCACAGCUUGCACCCGGAAAAUUCAAUAAAGCGUGUUCUUUAAUAUAUGGUGGUGAACUAUGUGGCUUAUUCGAUGAUCCUUGGGACGGCGAGGAGAAUGUUGCGAAAUUGAUUGGGAUUUCCCUUUCUGAGGGGAAAGGAAUUGUUGAAAAGGUUUUUGGGGAAGGUGCUUUGAAAUUAAGUAGAGAAAAGUUGUUGACGGCACUAGAGGUUGAGGUUUUAGAAAUCGAGUCAAUUCGAGAAAACACCACGAAGACUGUCGAUGAAAGUGCUACGGUUAAGAAUAUCAGCAUUUCUCAGAAUGGGCAGACGCAAUUGGAUGAGAAUGUGACCGAAUCGACGAGCACCAAAGAUGUUAACAUUUCUGAGAAUGGACAAACACAACAUGAUGUAAAAGCUACAACUGAAUCAACGAACACCAAUGAUGUCAGCAUUUCUGAGAGCGGACGAACAACACGGCUUGACAUAAACAUUACAAACACGGAGGAUGCCAGCGUUCCUGAGAAUGGACAAGUACAACCUAAUGAUUUUACAACUGUGUCGACAGACACCAAGGACGUCAGCACUUCUGAGGGCGCACAAACACAAAUGGAUACGAGUGUUGAGGAUGUCGGAAUUUCCGAAGAUGGGAAAACACAACAUAAUGUAAAUGAUGCAACUAAAUCAACAGAUGUUAAGGACAAAAGUAUUUCAAAGACCGGAAUAACACAGAUUAAUAUAGAUGAGGUGACUUCUCUACGAAAAAUGAUUGUUCGACCAUUUAGAAAUCUCGAAAUAGAACCAUUUGCUAUUCAUCUUGGUCCAGAUGUAGCGAAUUGUCCUAUGCCCGGGAUGCUGAUAACUGCCGAUUUUCACUGCUUGUCCAAUGGUUGUUGGUAUUGGGACCGUGUUACGAAUGUAUAUCCUUCUUAUUAUCUGGCUGUAGAUUCUGACGAUGAGGACUAA